AUGGGAUUCCUCCUGGGAACACGCGUUUCUACGACACACUACUGCUGCUAACUUUGGUCCCAGUUUCUGAUCUGUCAUUUGCACUGGGUUAUUUUAGAGAUCAUGGCUAUCCGUGUAUUAGAAUUACUCUUUUUCUUCUAUUUUGCCUCUCACAUUCCUAUCACUUUAUUUAUUGACUUGCAGGCCCUGCUACCUGGACAUGUGUAUCCUCAGCCGCUGAAAGAUCUUAUGAAGUGGUAUGCAUCGGAGUUCAAAGACCCGAUGGUGCUGGAUCCGCCACAAUGGUUUAAAUCUUUUAUUUUCUGCGAGGCUUUGUUUCAAACGCCUUUCUUUCCCGUUGCAGCUUAUGCUUUCCUAAAAGGAGGUUGUAAGUGGAUCAGGACUCCUGCCAUCAUGUAUGCCACACAUGUGGCCACCACCCUGGUCCCGAUUCUAGCUCAUAUCCUCUUUUAUCAGUUCCCCAUGACACCCCACCCAGGUCCCCAGACCACGAAGGAGCGCUGGCUGCUGGUCUCCAUAUACUUUCCAUACCUGCUGGUGCCUGUCCUGCUGCUCCUCACCAUGUUGCUGUCAUCCACAUACAACUCCACCUCCAAGUCUGGACACAAACCAGCCAAAUCCAAGAAGAAGAACUGA